AUGAACAAUUUUAUAAGAUCAACAUCACCAUCAUUUACUAGUCAACAGUUAUACCAACUGCAACUGCAGCAACUGCAGCAACAGCCACAGGGAAGAGGAAGAUCAGGAACAUUGCCAUCAUCUUUCACCACCCGCAACCAAUUAACUCCCAAUGGUCACAUCUUAACUACAACAAACAAUAUCGUACCCAGUUCCUUAACAAGUAGUCCAAUUUAUCGCAGUGAAUCGCAAACAAGCAACAACAACAACAAUAAUAAUAAUAAUAAUAAUAACCACGAUUUAUUGAAUGUCCCAAAUAAGGACAUUGCCAUCUCAACAUCGCCUCUUCAUAAUAGCUUUUUGUCAAAUACGUCAAUGACUAAUGGCGGUGGCAAUAAUAUUAAUUUAAAUCUUGAUGGGAAUAUGAGCACUACACCUACUAGAAGAAUGAGAUCAGGAUCAUUGUUUUCUACUAAUUCGAUUUGGAAUGAUGAUAAUAACUCAUCAAACAGCGGCCACAGUUUGCAUUCGGAGUUUAUUUUAAGUCCUUCAUUAGACGCGUCUUCCCCAUCUCACCAACAGCAACAGCACCACCAACAACAACAACAGCAGCAACAGCAGCAACAGCAACAGCAGCAACAGCAACAGCAGCAACAGCAACAGCAACAAUCCUUCCGUAAUAGAUCAUAUACUACAAAUGCAGCAAUUCCAAGUGUCACCAUCAAUACUACUGCUGAAUCAUUUAAUAAUCAUGGAAAUUCCAGCUCAAACUACAGUAGUGCAUACUACAGAAAUGGCCAAAACAAAGUAACAACGUCUCCCUUUAUUUCCAUAGCAGGUAAAACUAAUGACGCGAAUUUGCUAGUGGAUAAUUUUAUGUUGAAUGGCGAUCAAUCAACAGCAGUCCCAAGGAUUAGAUCACAAACUUACUCUGGAAGCACGCCACCAGGAGUUAAUGAACAAAUAUUUUCAAAUUCAAAUGCAGCAUCAGGCUUGAGAUCACAAAUUAACCCACUCGAUUCUUUUCAAGCUCUGUUGAAGCAAUCUAAUCCACUAUUGGAGAAUUCCGAUGGGGUCAUUAUGCUGCCUGAUUUCGCCAAACAGGAACUUCAACCUGAUUUAGUUGAUGAUUUUGAUUUUUCGCAGUUGUUGAUUACUACCAAUUUUGAAAAUACGCAUUUGGGUCCAACACGUUUUCUUUUGUUUGAUAAUAUGCCAUUAUAUGUUGAUGCUGUCAAGUUGUUUACCAUUUUGGUCAAUUCAAAUAAUCACAAGUCGUUUGGUAGUGUUGUUAGUGUGAAGAUGACAAUUACCACUACUUCUAAAUUGGCAUUGGUUGAAUGCACCAACAUUGAAACGGCAAUGAAUUUGAAAGCCAAUUUCAAUCAUUUGGAAAUUGCUCCAGGAAAUACAUUGUAUGUUGCAUUUGCUAAAAUUGAAGAACCCAAAAUUGAUAUUCACUCGCCAAUAAGGUCGCUUGUUGAGCUCAAUUUAAGCAACAACAACAACAACAAUAUCAUCAUCAAUCAUGCGAAGAGUAGUAGAGGACAAAGUAGUUCACCUCAAUCGCUGUUGUCAAAACAUGGAUCCAUCUCCUCGGCUGAAUUGAAUGGAACCAACACCAAACAUAAUUCUGUUGCCGCUGAAACCACAGCCAAUAAAAGUAACAUCAUUGAGUCAAUCACCAAGUUAUCUUCAACGGUUGACUUGAAGAAGAUUCAAUCCAUUAUCAACAAGUGUGUUGCCUACCCCAAUGAUAAUUACCGAACUGAUUUUGGCCCAUUGCCAGAUCCAAUACCGACAAGACAAUUUGACUCACCAACUUUGAGAGAAUUGAGAAAAGUGUUGGAGAAUAAGGAAGCUGGUUUAUUUGAUCAGUCAAGUGAUUCGAGCUUUAGUCAAGUUGGUCUUGAUGAAUUGGCGUUAGCCAUGCUUGACGAAUUACCCGAAAUAUGUUACGACUACUUGGGUAAUACAAUUGUGCAAAAAUUGUUUACCUUGAUUGAUGACUCAUUAGUUAAAUUGAUGAUGGUGAAGGAAAUUGCCCCCUAUUUGACACAAUUGGGAAUUCACAAGAAUGGUACAUGGGCAAUUCAAAAAAUCAUCAAUCUUUGUCACUCAGAAUUGCAACAAAUGUACUUGAUUGGAGCCAGUCUUAAGCCAUAUGCAGUCAAGUUAUUUAAUGAUCAGUUUGGAAAUUAUGUAAUUCAAGGAUGUAUAAAAUUUGGCUCACCUUAUAAUGACUUUGUCUUUGAGGCCAUGUAUGACAAUUUCCUUGAAAUAAGUUUUGGUAGAUAUGGGGCAAGAUGUAUUCGUACGAUCUUGGAAAGUUGUCACGAUCCAAACAAUUCCCAUAAACAAGCAGUAUCUCAUGAACAAGUUUUACUUGUUGCUGGGUUAAUUGUCGAGUUUGCUAAUGACUUGGCGGUCAAUUCUAAUGGAAGUUUACUAAUUACUUGGUAUUUGGAUACAUUUAGUGAUUCUGAUUCCAAAAUCGAGUUAAUUGUUGACAAGUUUUUACCAAACAUCAAUAACCUUUGUGUUCAUCGGUUGGCAAACUUGACGAUUUUGAAAUUAUUGAAUAAUCGCAAUGAAGACAGAGCCAAGCAGGCAAUGAUUAAUGCCAUUUUCCAAAAUACUGACAAUUUGAAAUUUAUUUUACAAGAAAGUGACAAUAAUAAUUUGAAUGCGGGACCGUUAUUUAUAUACAAGGUUUUGAGUAAUCCAAUACUUGGUGACUUGACAACUCCUUUCUUACCUGCUAUAAAGAGAAUCUUGAUGGAGAUUAAUAUUGUCAAUUUUCACAAUUAUAAGAAGUUGAUGGAUGAGGUUGGAUUAUCGAGUAGCAGGUUGAGUAAAUCUUUUUCAACAAAGAAGGGUGGAGCCGGAGCUGGGAACGGAGGGCAUCAUCAUCAUCACAAUGGAAGAAGAUCACAAAGGAACGGAACAAAUGGAACUAAUGGAGUAAAUGGAGCUAAAUAUGAUUCGUAUCAUCACCAGCCACACAGUCAGCAAUCACUUGUAUCGAAUUACCAUUCACAACAAAUUCAUCAAUCGCAGCAGCCCCUUCAACAACAAUUUCCCAUGCAGCAAAUUGCACCUCAAUCGUUUCCAUACGUGCCUCUCGUACAAGCACAACAACUGCACCAACAGCAGCUGCAGCAUCAUCACUAUGCCAGUCAACAACCAUCGGCUUAUAUGAAACAAUACUAUGCCCAACAAGCAAUGGCACAAGCCCAGCAGCAACAACAACAACAACAACAACAACAACAACAACAGCAACAGCAACAACAGCAGCAGCAACAAUACUACCCUCUGUUGUCGGCACAGCUACCACAAGUUCUGCCACAAGAAUUGGCAGUCAUGCAACAGUUGGAACAAUUAUCCUUGAGCAGUGCUGCACUCGGAUACAAUUCGAAUCCAGGAACGCCAACAGUACAAAGAAACCUGUACAUGUGA